GCAGGCUAAAUAUCAAGCUUUCUUCAAUUGUUUAUCAUAACAAGCAGUAGUUUGUGAAUUUACUGUAAUUUGUGUUUAAAUGAAUUAUGUGGCCAGUGGAUAAAAUUGCAAGACUUUGUUACGAUCAUUUUCGUAACUUGCCUAAAAGAGGAAAGCCUGAACUAGGUAGAGAGUGGACACUUCUGGCAGCUGUAGUGGAAGUACGAGAUAACCCUAAUGGAGAGAAGAUUGAGUUGAAGGUUGUGUCUUUGGGAACUGGAACGAAAUGCAUUGGGCGUGCAGCAAUGAGUCCUAAGGGAGAUGUAUUGAAUGACAGCCAUGCUGAGAUCAUCGCCAGGAGAGGGUGUGUCAGGUACCUGAUGGAGCAGCUGCGACUUGCAGUGUUGGGAGAGAGCAGUGCCCUGUUCUGCCCUGCGGAGGAGAUGGGCAAGUGGAAAGUGCAUCCUGAAGUGUCGUUUGUGUUCUUUACCAGUCAUACUCCCUGUGGAGAUGCAUCCAUCAUUCCAAUGAUGGAGAGCCCAUCACAGCCUUGCCCAAUGGUUAGGCUGGAGGAUGAUGAGGGGGAAGGCAGUGAUACACCAGAGACAGCCCUGAAACGCAGAGCAGAGUGGCAAGAGGACCAGGCCAACAAGCGGCACAGGACAGACCAGGAGACGCACCAGGUUGUUGGAAAACCUGGUGAGGAGAUGAGGACUUGUUCUCCUCCACCACCGGAAACGGCGGAUCCUGCAGGAGACCCAUCCAAGGCAUCAGAGACUCCAGAGACUCGCGCACAAGAGGGCGACAUUGCUAAGGCGCACCAGGCCACAGAUGUCCACCGAACUGGCGCCAAGAGCGUCCCCGGGGAGGCCUGUGAUCCGAAGGUGCCUGGUGUCCGAUACCACAACAUAGGGGUGUUGCGCGUGAAGCCUGGCCGCGGGGAGCCUACGCUGUCCCUGUCGUGCAGUGACAAAAUGGCUCGCUGGGCUGUGCUUGGCUUCCAGGGAGCCCUUCUGAGCCAUUACCUUCAGGAGGCGAUCUACUUCAAGGCAGUGAUCACUGGGAAGUGUCCCUAUAGCCAGCAUGCAAUGCAGCGAGCAUUGUGCAACCGGUGCGCCCAGGUGACCGAUCUCCCAGCAGGCUUCUCCAUGCACCCCCCUGAGUUCCUGCAGUCCAGCCUGGAGUUUGCCCACAGCCAGGCUCAGACCCAGCACUCUCACCAGAGCAACAAGGGCAGGGUUUCACCCUGUGGAGCAGCAAUUAGCUGGUGUGCUGUCCCCAACCAGCCACUAGAUGUCACUGCAAAUGGGUACAAGCAAGGGAUGACCAAGAAAGCUGUGGGCACGCCACAGGCAAGGUCACUUAUCUCAAAGGUUGAGCUGUUUCACAUUUUUCAAACUGUUGUGACUGCAACUUCAAAUGUCCUGCUCCCCUCCUCACUCAGGCUGUGGGAUUAGAUCUGUGGUGCAGCCAAUAGCAACCCCAAUCUCAGCUCAGUGCUUCAUGUAAUGUAGGGGACAACAGAAGGCUGUCUGCCAUUCAUGUUUUGUCAAAUGCUUUUAUGAAAAUGGAAUGUGGAGUCGGAUAGCAGGAUUCUUUAUCACCGACUCAUGAUGCUGUAACUCACUGCUCAGAGCCUCACUCACUGAAGUGCACACAGAGCAUCAUAGAGCAAUAAAAUGGCCAGCUUGCCCUUCACUGUGGCUGGCAGACACAGGAAAUGAAAGUCAGUCAGUGGUGGUCAGUGGCCAGCCCUUACAGAUGUGGUGCAGCUGUCAGACUACAUUGACCAUCAGAGAAAUAUCAAGACAUUAUGGAAGAAGAAAGAAAACGGUGAGUCAAGCCCCAAUUGUGAAUUCCCCGUUAUCCGAAACUUGCCCAGAGAGUGAACCAAUCAGCUGUAAGUUAAGAGCCCAUCUAGGUGUCUGAGAGCCUGCACUCGUGUCUUAACUCUUGUGUCUUUUGAAAAGGGAGAGGGAGCUGCAGAUCGUACUGGGAUUACAAGCAGGCAGCCGGAGCGUACCAGCAGGCCUGGCUGCAGCUGCGCACGCAGGUUUUUCCCCU